CCAAGAUAGUGGGAAGUUAAGAUUUUCAUCAUUUGCAAUUUCAUCAUAUCUGAAAAAACUAUAUGACAGCUCUGCUUUCUUUUUGCAAUGUUCCUUCCUAUGUACUUACCAACAACAAACAGUUUUAUCCAAGAAAGAAUCUUUCCAAGAUUGCCACAGUAGUUCCUAGGAUGUCCUUGUCUUCAUCAACUUCUAACCAACAGAAAUGCAGUAAAUGUUCAUUAGCAGUUGAUGCUCCAUUGGAAGCAAUAUUAUUCGAUAUUGAUGGAACGUUAUGUGAUUCAGAUCCUAUCCACUACUAUGCCUUUCGAGAAAUGCUUCAAGAGAUAGGUUUCAAUGGUGGAGAACCUAUAAGUGAGGAGUUCUUCAUAAAGAAUAUUAGCGGUAUGCAUAAUGAUGAGCUCUGUCGUGUCCUCUUCCCAGAUUGGGAUUUCAAGAGAGCUAUCAAAUUUAUGGAUGAUAAGGAAGACAUGUUUCGAAGAAUUGCAUCAGAACAGUUAAAACCAUUGGAUGGCCUUGAGGAGGUAUGCAAAUGGAUCGAGAACCACGGUCUGAAACGAGCAGCUGUCACUAAUGCUCCGAGACCGAAUGCUGAGCUGAUAAUCUCAAUGCUAGGGCUUUCGGAUUUCUUUGAAUUACUUGUCAUCGGAAGUGAAUGUGAACGAGCAAAACCUUUUCCAGACCCUUACUUGAAGGCUCUUCAGGAACUUGGAGUAUCUCCUAAGCACGCAUUUGUUUUUGAGGAUUCUAUUUCUGGAAUAAAAGCUGGAGUUGCAGCUGGCAUGCCGGUUGUAGGUUUAGGUCUAAGGAACCCCGAAAAUUUACUAUCGGAGGCUGGGGCAACAUUUGUUAUCAAGGAUUUCAAGGACUCAAAGUUAUGGGCAGCUCUAGAAGAGUUGGAAACAGAAAUUCCUGCAGGAAAAAUCAAAACAUGAGUUGGAAGCUGGUGAUGUAGACUAUGUUGCUCGGACUUUUCAAAAAAAGCCACUAGGUGGGUGUCGGAUCCUCCAAAAGUAGUGCAUUUUUGGGAACCCGACACGGGUGCGGCAACAUUUUGAAGAGUCCGACAACUUCGAGCAACAUAGGAUGUAGACCGUCAUAUCAGCAUAAAGGUCAUUCUUUUCCUUAAAAUUCUUUUAUUCAACAUCUAAACAAACUUCAUAGUGGUUUGUGAUAUGUCCACUACUAUCGAUUACCUCCUGUUGUUGUUUGUGUAAUAUUACUCUCUCUAUUUAUUUUAUAUGACACUUCUUAAAAAAAAUUGGUUCUUUGGUUCCAAACAGAAUGACACAUUUCUAUA